AUGGGUAUCAAAGGAAUCCGUACUGCUCUAAAAGUCGAUCUCAACAAGCCUGCAAAUGAGCAGCCCGGUUUGCAUAACAGAUGGCACCCAGACGUCCCUGCCUGCGGCAAGAUUGCCAACAACGAAGUUGUCAAAAUUGAAUGUCUCGACUGGACAGGAGGACAAAUCGGAAACAACGACUCCGCCGACGACAUCAAGAAUGUAGACCUCACUCACAUCCAUUAUCUAUCGGGACCAUUCGACAUUGAGACUGCCGAGCCCGGCGAUGUUUUACUCGUUGAGAUUCAAGAUGUUCAGCCAUUCGAAGAGCAGCCCUGGGGGUUCACGGGUGUUUUUCACAAGCAGAAUGGAGGAGGUUUCCUGGAUGAGCUUUACCCAGAAGCAGCAAAGGCAAUCUGGGACUUCGAAGGCAUCUUCUGCUCAUCUCGGCACAUUCCACAUGUUCGAUUUGCAGGACUGAUCCAUCCUGGAAUCAUGGGAUGUGCUCCUUCGGCCGAGGUUCUGGCGGAAUGGAACCGUCGCGAAGGCGAGCUCAUCGCCGCAAACACAAUCGCUGAUCGGAUUGUUGCCCAGCCGCCGCUGGUCACAAAUGCCCAUGGCGGAAGUGCUUCGGAGGACGUCAAGGCCAAGAUUGCCAAGGAGGGAGCUCGAACUAUCCCAGGCCGGCCCGAGCAUGGCGGAAAUUGUGAUAUUAAGAACCUGUCCCGUGGAUCGAAGGUAUACCUACCCGUCCACGUUCCAGGCGCCAAGUUCUCCGUCGGAGAUCUGCACUUCUCGCAAGGAGAUGGCGAGAUUUCAUUCUGUGGAGCCAUCGAGAUGGCCGGUAUCGUCACUUUGAAAUUCUCAGUCAUCAAGAACGGCAUGGCGAAACUGGACAUGAAGUCACCCAUUUUCAAUGCCGGGCCUGUGGAGCCGCAGUUUGGUCCUGGAAGAUAUCUCACCUUUGAAGGGUUCUCAGUCGAUGAGAAUGGUAAGCAGCACUUCUUGGAUGCUACUGUCGCCUAUAGACAGACUUGUCUGCGGGUGAUUGAGUAUCUUCGGCGCUAUGGAUAUAGUGAUUAUCAGAUCUAUUUGCUACUUAGCUGUGCACCUGUGCAAGGACACAUUGCUGGCAUUGUGGAUAUCCCUAAUGCCUGUACUACACUUUCAGUGCCGAUGGAUAUCUUUGACUUUGAUAUUCGGCCCGAGGCGGAUGUAGUCAAGAAGGAUAUGGGAACUUGCGCUUUUGUGAGCCAAUAA